GAGAGAGAGCAGCGAACCGCGGCCUAGAUGGUUAGAUGCUCUGUGUGUUAUCAUCUCACGCCUCCUCUUCUUGUUGAUUUUUUUUUUUUUUAGGCCUCUUCUUCUUGUUGAUAUUACUUCGUUCGCCUUUUCAUUCUGAUUAAUAUUCCGUACACAUUUUCCGCUGCAAUUUUGGAAUGCAGUGAUUUGAGAUAUUUUGCUGCAAUUUGAGAUAUCGCCUUCCUCCUUCCGAGUUACCUCCUCGGUUCCGGUUGAGAAGCGUCGGAAAAUUGUUGGCGGAAUGGAGUUGUGGGAUACAGUGACGUUUCCCGUACGACUUGUCUGGGACGGCGUCGCCGUGCGUCUCGGUAUUCGCAAAAGCGGGCUAUUGAAGCUACGGCAUGAUGUGAGGACUUGUGAAUAUGAGGAUGUGCGUGUGAUGUGGGAGAUGCUGAAGAGAAAUGAAACAGAGCAGUGCCCUGAAAAGAUCAAAAAGAGAGGAUUUUGGAACUUCCUUGAGUGGGCUAGGUGUUCUCCAUAUCUUUGCCGCAGCUUUUGAUCAUGUCAUUAAUGAAAUCUUCUCAAUUCACAAGCUGGAUCCAGUUGCUCAGUCUGAAAAGUAUGGAUGAUGUAGUUUUACUCCAUGAAAAAAUAAAAGAGAGUGGAUGCAGUCAUGUAUGACGUAGUCUCUUCUCCUUAUCAAGUCAGCCAUCUGUAGAUACAAACUGCCCACCAAUUCAGCAUGAUCCAUGCUUUUAUCCUGUGGAAUUAACUAGUAUGUGUUAGAUGAGAUGGUGAAUUCAUAUUUUUCUAUGUGAUGCCACCUGUUAGGCCUGCAUGCUUAUGCAUGUGCCUUUUGCUUCUUUGAAUAAUAUUUCAUAUUUUCUUUGCCA